AUGCCAUCUCACUUUCUCCACCCUUUUCUUUUCUCAAAAUGCUAUAUAUAGAGCAGCCAGCAGCCAACCACAGCACACUGAUCAUUGCAAAAGAUUCAUUUCUACUGACUGAAAUGGCGUCGAACUCGACAUGGACGGCCAAGCAAAACAAGCUGUUUGAGAAUGCACUGGCAACCUACGACAAGGACAGCCCAGACAGGUGGCAGAAAAUGGCCAACGCUGUGGGUGGCGGCAAGACGGCGGAGGAUGUGAAGCUCCACUAUGAGAAGCUUGUUGAAGAUAUCAACCACAUUGAGUCUGGACAAAUUCCUUUGCCCAAUUACUCUUCAACUGGAGACACUAGCAAAGGAAACAAAAUCAUGGCUGAGGAAAAAAGGCUGAAGUAUCUGAAGCUUCAGUGAAACAAAUACUCGAAGCAAAGCACUAUGGGUUCAAAUCGAUUUCCUUUGAGCACUGUAAAGCUACAAAAGAAAUAAAUCCAGAAAGCAAACACAAAUUACAUACCUUAUUA